AUGAGCAUCGUACUGGUGAUCGGAGUACAGCCCGCGUGCAAUCGCAAAGCGUCUCACCAUAUGAAUAAAUGUCAUAAGCAGGGCGGCGAUCCGGAAUACUGCAAGAUUAACUUGAAAUCCACAAAAAUUGCCUCGAAUGCAGCUAAUGAGGCUACGGCGGCCAAGGAUGCACAAAACUGCGCCAGCGAGGAGGCCAGCCGGCGAGCCAUGAAUCGCUUGGCCGACAAGGCUGAACAGGCCGCUCGAGCGGCUGAGGCUGCACUGAAUGGCAAGAAGCAGUUGCUCGAACAGCUGGAACAGAGUCAGAUCGAAGCCGAUGCUGUCGUAGAGGAGGUCAAAAAGGCGCUAGGACAUAGCAAAUCCAACAUUGAGACGGCUUUGCGCGUGGCCCAGCACAUCAAACAGCAUCUGGAGCUAAUGCAGAACAUCCUGGAAGAGGCAAGAAAUAAUUUAGAGCAGGUUCUGGAAGUUGCAGCCAAUGCCAACACAGAGCUACAGGAAAAGCAAAUGCUGAUAAUAGACAGCAAAAAGCGGGUUGAAGACUUGAACCUUUGCAUGCAAAAAGCCAGAGCUGAUCUUGAUCGGACCGAAGAAAUCGCCAAGAAGGCAGAGAAUGCGGCCGAAGAGGCCAAACAGCGCAUAGAAAACGUACGAAAUAUAUUUAAGAAGAUAAAAAAACUAAAAAGAAACGACCUUAAAUCAUUUAAACGGGUUUUCAGCCGAUUUAUCAAGAUGUGA